CUGAUCUGGCGCGGAUGGCAGAUCAGGUGCCCCUGGAGCUAUGGCGCCAAAGCGUGACUCCCUACCUUCAAAUGGCUGGUCUGGCGGCGCUGCGGACCACUUCCCCUGUCUUCUCUACUUCCGUCAUCACGGCUGAUCUACUGCUGGAACGCAUUGACGCCUCUCUGACCCGCAACUCCCUCCAUGGCCUUAUCGACGUCGACCGCAGCUACGGAGUGGGUGUCCCUGGUGGUUGCGUUCUGGACGACCUUGUCGCCUUUGUCUGCCGACUGGUGAUGCCGUGGGCUCGCGACAGCUCUCCGAGCCGUUUCAGCUAUCUGUUGCGGUUCGCUCUCAUGCUCGAGCAGGGCGGCAGCGGCUGGCGGAACAUCGCCGUGUUCCUCAGACUGGCCGUCAUCUACCAGCUGAUGGCUCCUAAGGCAGUGCCAUUUGUGGUCUCGGCCCGGUGGAUGGCCGCUCAUGUGCGCACGAAGCCGGCCGCCGACGACCUGUAUCUGAUGAGGGUCGUGUACUUCUCUUUGAUCCGACAUCGAAUGAACUCGAGGAGAGAGAUACUGCCGACGGCGAAACGAGAAGGCGUGAGUGGAGGGGAUCGGUUGCAGCAUGCUGAUUAUCGGUUGCAGCGUGAUGAUCCGUAUGCUGUGCGCUACAACCGACACGAUAGUGCUGUCGGCAGCCGCAUCGAUGAUACCCGUUUCUGUAUCUACCCCUCGUUCUCGGCGGCUCUGGUGUCGAGGCUGAUCGGUCGCUGGCUUGUAGACCUAUCCUAUUCUGGGGAACACACGAUGGUGCUCAGCGGAUGUGUCGGUGACAGCGACGAUCGCUACCUCUCGCUGAUGAGUGAUGGGCUCACUGGCCAGGAUGUCUUCGCAGUGGGCUACCGGUUUCACGACAGCGGGUCGGUCACAUAUUGCCGUUUCGUGAUCGUGAGCGGCUUUCGUCCUGACGACACUAUUGUGGCCUACAUAAAGCUGUAUCGUGGAGGCCUGAAGCUCUACACGACUGAGCCAUGUGUUGGUGACGCAUCGUGUCCCUUGGACGAGCGUCUGCCCACAUCGAUGGGGCUCUUCCGUCGUGUGCUGGGGCGGUUCGGGCUGGAGAAGGAGGUCAUCGACGGUGGGAGAGUGACGGUCUAGUGGCGGUGGUGGUGGUGGUAGACAGCUGCUCAUGUUAUGGUGGCUUGGCUUGUGGUGCGGUGCAUUCAUUCGUGUGUGUGUCAUGUCUGUCUGCAAAGACAUCUGUCUGUCUGUGUUGUACGAGUGCGGUUCAACAGCUUUCGGCACCGCACACGACCUUACCUGGUGCGACCGAUUUUUCAGUAGUCGAUUGAGAGAGGCGCGUCCGUGCUUGGCGUGCAUGUCCUGCUUGCUCUGGUGUGUAUGAAUGCGGCGACAGUGCAACAGUGCAUUAGACACUCCGAUGUCAGUGAACGUGGGAUGCGGAUGCAACACCAAAUUGGGUCCAUCGAGUGUGUUACGUUACGUCCACAUGUGUCCAUCCCACUCAAAGACCAACUGUUCG